AGACAGCCUCUUUAGCACUAGUAAGUAUUAGACUAACAUUCUAAGGAAUUUGAAUCUUGAUUUAUGAUAAAUUUUUAAUUUUAUAACUUUGUCUUUCAUGGAGUGAAAUGUACAGAUUAUUUUAAAAUAUAUUAUUUUGUUUUUAAAUCAAGAAGACAAAUAUGAAGAACAGUUUUACAGUAUUAUUUAAUAAGGUUAAUGCCUGAGAAUCAAAUAAAUUUAUGAUAUUUAUCUGACGAUGACUCACUUGGAUGUUGAAGCUGAGUCAAAAACUCCCCAUAUGGAAAAGGAUGUGGAAGGUUGGUUCAAAAAAAGGUACAUACAGGGGUACAUGCUGUUCUUUCUAAUGUUCAUGGCCUUCAGUUUGCGACUCAAUUUAUCAGUAGCCAUUGUUGCUAUGACAAACAAAAAGAAUGCAAACCUCGAUUUUCAGGAGCUGGAUUGGGACCUUAAGACAAGGAGUAAAAUACUCAGUUCCUUCUUCUGGGGCUACUUGGUGAUUCAGUUACCAGCAGGUCAGCUAGGGCAGAUGUUUAGUGUUAAACAGCUACUGUUGAUCUCUAAUAUCUCUUGUGCGCUGCUGGCACUCCUCACUCCCACGGCGGCCAUCCAUGGAGGAUGGUUCCUUGUCUGUGUCAUACGCUUCUUCCAAGGCAUCAGUCAGGGAUUUUAUGUUCCACUUGGUUACACCCUCACGUCCAAAUGGGUACCAAUACACGAGAGGAAUCGCUUUGUUGGAUUUUUCCUGAACGGAGCUACUAUUGGGGCAGUAGUGUCUCUGGCAAGUGCAGGUAUGUUAGCCAGUAGCAGUGGUGGCUGGCCAAGUGUGUUCUAUGUCUCCGGAUCACUAAACCUGCUGUGGGCUGCUCUCUGGUGGCAGUUGGGAGCAGAUAGUCCUGAUACUCACCCCACCAUCGACCCUCGUGAGCGAGAUUACAUCAAUGAGGACCACGCCAACUUUGCUCAAUCAGAGACAUACCCAACACCCUGGAAGGCUAUAUUUACGUCUGUACCUGUAUGGUCACUCAUAGGAGUAGCCAUUGGGAACGGUUGGGGAUUUGCCAUUAUUCUCACCCAGAUUCCGGCUUACAUCAAUUCUGUACUGGGCUUCAAUAUCAAGGAGAAUGGGCUACUAUCAGCUUUGCCAUACCUGAGUCUGUGGAUCUGCUCGUUCCCAGUUUGUUGGCUGGCCGAUUUGUUGGAGGAGCGAAACAUCUUAUCCACUGUAGUCAUCCGUAAACUCUACACAUCAUGUUGUCUGGGCGGCGGAGCUGUGAUGGUCUUGUCCCUAUGUCUGGUGGAAAAUAAUGCGGUGGCAGCCAUGACACUCAUUACGGUAGCGGUGACUUUCAUGGCCUUCAUGUUCAGCGGAUUCAACAUCAACCACCUGGAUCUCAGUCCCAAUUUUGCUGGCGUGCUGAUGGGUCUUUGUAAUGGUCUGGAAAACGUCAGCACUAUCAUCGGCCCUCUCAGUGUCGGCUGGGUUGUUUCUGAUCCUACAUCAAGUGACCAGUGGCAUCUGGUAUUUGCGAUCACUGCUAUGGUUUCUCUCCUGGGCAAUGCCAUUUACGUCAUCUUUGGAAGUGCUGAACUUCAGCCCUGGGACUCUCCCUCUGGUUCGAAGAACUCCAAAGAGAACUACAGAAAUAGAGUUAGAACAAGGCUUUCCAUUGCAAUUUAAAAUACACCGCUAAAAGUACUGUGAUCUUUACUAUUAGACUAGUAGCAAAGUAUUUAAAUCAGACUUUUGUAAACUUUGAGAAUUAAAAAUAAUUAAAUUUUAA